CAGGUCAAACAGAGUGCAUCGUCAGCCAAGUCAAGUGAAGUGAUAAGAACAAUAAUAACGGUGAUUUUUUUGAAAUCAAAGCAAAUAAGAAUCGAACGAAAAUCAGCGGAGUUUAUUGAUACUCAGUUGUGAUAAGUGAAGAUUAUUUUUUCAUCAAACCCCAACAAACACACACAAACAAAAGCUCAAAAAUGGUCUCAUCCGUUCGUCAAGUACUCAUUUUGGUCGCCGUCGUUGCUUUGUUGACAGCCAAUGUCAGUGCCAACAAUUCCAGACCUCCUCGCAACAAUGACAUAUCGAAUAUGGCCGAUGCCAUGAAAUAUUUGCAGGAUUUGGAUACCUACUAUGGUGAUAGGGCACGUGUCAGGUUCGGCAAGAGAAUGCCCCUGAUCCAAAUGUUGAGAAAUCACUUCACCAACGAUGGUGAAUUAAUGGGCCAUCCCUUGGAUAUGUCCAAUGCGGAAGAGCCCUUCUAAAUAUUCAAAAAGGAAAUGCGAAUUAAGCAACAACUACAUAUCUCCCCCCUUAGUGACCACACACGAAGCUACUACAUACAUAUAUACGUCUUUCCAAAAAAAAAAAAUAAAUAAAACAAAAAUAAAUAUCUCACCUGUAAAUAAUGCAAUGGAAACGAAGCAAACAUUAAUAUUACUAUUAUUAUUACUAAAUGUAUUUUGAAUAUUUAUUUUGAAGUAACAGUUUAACACUGAAUUUUCAUUGUAAAACUAUGGAGCAACUUAUAUUGGAAAAUAAUAAAAAAAAGAAAAUAAAAUAAAAAUUCGAAAAUAAUAUACAAAAGAUAA